AUGUGGGUAAUAAAUUAUAGUACUUUGGAACAAUUGAGAGAUGGAGAGGAGGCCAAUCUCCUUGGAGAGAAUGGUAAUGGUGGUCAAGCUAAUAGUAGCUUGAAAGAAGUGAGAGAUAGAGAGGUGGUCAAUAUUCUUUUAGAGAAUGGUAAUGGUGGUCAAGCUGAUGGCUUGAAUCCAAUUAUGGUUUCGAAACAAUCCGAAUUGCAUAACCAUGAAGGAAGUUGGGUUUUGGCUCAGCCUCCAGUUGGUGAAGGUUUUGAUAUAGGAUUGGAUGCAAAAGGGCAUUGGACAAGGACUAGAGUGGCCAAGGUCAGCCUGUUGAUAUGCCCAUUUUGGUUUCUGGGACAACUCACUUUAAUCUUUCUCUAA